CUGUGAGUCAAGCUUGGAAGACGCAACACAUUGAUUUUAUUAUAGCUAACGUUGGUAUUUUUCAUACAGCGGUAGCAUCUAGUUCAAAAUGCAGCAAGACGAGAUUCAGAACCUUCCUGCCAAGCUGGCAGGCGAUUUCCGCUCCAUCGAGCCCCAUCUGCGUGACCUUGACAAGCACCUUACCCUGCGAUCCUACGUCCAGGGCUUUACUCUGAGCGAGGACGACAAGAAGGUAUGGCAGACUCUGCGUGCCAACAAGGUUGCCAUGGGCUUCAUUCGCAAGAAUGCUCUUCCCAACAUCACCAGAUGGUUCACCUUUGUCGAGCAAUCGCACCCCGAGCUCCAGGAGGACAACAAGCCCGCCGAUGCUGGCAAGGCCAAGUCCCAGGGCGCCAACUACAACCUUGCUCUUCAGGAUACUGACAAGGGCGUUGUUACUCGUUUCCUUCCCGAGCCUUCUGGCUACCUUCACAUCGGACACGCCAAGGCUGCUCUUCUCAGCGAUUACUUCGGUCACGUCGCCUACAAGGGCCAGAUGCGUCUUCGUCUCGACGACACCAACCCCUCCAAGGAGAAGGCCGAGUACCAGGAUGCCAUUGUUGAGGAUCUUGCCCUGAUGGGUAUCAAGCCCGACGCCAUGACCUACACUUCCGACUACUUCGACUACCUGUACGACAUGUGCAAGAAGCUCAUUGGUAUGGGUAUGGCUUAUGCCGACGACACCGACCAGGAAACUAUGCGUGACGAGCGUAUGCACGGCCGUCCCUCCAAGCGCCGCGAGCGCACUGUCGAGGAGAACCUCCGCAUCUUUGAGGAGAUGAAGAAGGGUUCCGAGGAGGGUAUCGCCAACUGCAUCCGUGCCAAGAUGUCUGUCGACAACCCCAACAAGGCCAUGCGCGACCCCGUCAUCUACCGCUGCAACCCCAACGACGCUCACCACCGCACCGGCACUACCUGGAAGAUGUACCCCAUGUACGACUUUGCUUGCCCCGUUGUCGACAGCCACGAGGGCAUCACUCACGCUCUCCGCUCUACCGAGUACACCGAUCGCAACCCCCAGUACCAGUGGUUCCUCGACACCCUUGGCCUCCGCCAGGUUCACAUGUGGGAUUUCUCCCGUCUCAACUUCAUCAAGACGUUCCUGUCUAAGCGCAAGCUCGCCAAGCUUGUCGACAACGGCAACGUCUGGGGCUGGGAUGAUCCCCGCAUGCCCACCGUCCGUGGUGUUCGUCGCCGUGGUAUGACUGUUUCUGCUCUCCGCGACUUCAUCAUUCGCCAGGGCCCUAGCCGCAACAUUGUCUCCAUGGAUUGGACCACCUUCUGGAACGCCAACAAGAAGGAGAUUGACCCCGUUGCUCCCCGUCACACUGCCCUGCUCCAGGACGGUCUUGUCAAGUGCACCUUGACUGGCGCUGAUGUGCCUACUGGCGUCACUAGCGAGAAGCGCCCCAAGCACGCCAAGAACCCCGAGGUUGGCAUGAAGGAUGUCUUCUUCGCCCCCGAGGUCUACCUUGACCAGGCGGAUGCCAAGUCUUUCAAGGCCGAUGAGGAGAUUACUCUGAUGGGCUGGGGCAACGCCUUUGUCCGUGAGAUCUCCUCAAGCGACCCCAUCCCCAGCCUGAAGCUGGAGCUCAACCUCAAGGGCGACUUCAAGGCUACCGAGAAGAAGGUUACAUGGUUGGCUGCCGACGGCUUCAAGCUUGUCCCCGCCGAGCUGUGGGAUUUUGACUACCUCAUCACCAAGGACAAGCUUGAGGAGGAUGACAAUGUGGAGGAUUUCCUCAACCCCAACACCGCCAGCAUGGUCACCGCCUGGUGCGAUGCCGGCGUCGGCGAGCUCAAGGCUGACGACAUCAUUCAGCUCGAGCGCCGCGGCUUCUACAGAGUCGACAAGGGUCUUAACGACUGGAAGGAGGGCGAGGCCGGCGAGAAGGGCCCCCGCGUCGUACUCUUCAACAUUCCCACCGGCAAGGGUGGUAAAUAAAUGUAGUUGAUCACGAAAAUCUACGUAGCAUAGCAUGAAUAGGUAAAGACGAAAAUAUAACGGCAAAAAAGCCUCUCCUUAGUUUCAUUUUCUCCGAUUAUAUGCAACUAGUCUAACGUGUUUUAUGUUCAUCAUGAGCUCAUACAUAUACAGGUGACAUUUGACAUUUGUCAACCAAAGGGGACAAUUUACUUUGGCAAGCAGGACAAGAUGCUCUUGAGCUUGUCAAGUACCUCCUGCUGGCGACCAUCGUUGAUGGUGGUCUUGUCAGUGGCAUCGCCAAUGCUGACAGGCACAUAGCAGCCCUUGGUCUUGUAUACAGAGUCCUCGGUAGGAAGACGGUCCGUGCCGCACCAGUUGACGUCCUUGGGGGAGAAGAUGCCCGGGUUGAUGCGACUCAGGACAAACUUGUACUUGGAGGCAUCGCUGCACUCGUCGCUAACCUUGGGGAAGUUAACGUUGAGGAAGACGUCCUUGGGGAGAUAGGGCUUGCCCGAGGCAAUGACCACGGAGGUCAAGUUGGUAGCAAGCUGAGCGUAGACGGAGCUGCUCUUGCGCGGGGCCUCGUUCCAAGCGUGACGGCCGUCGUCGGCGCCCGAGAAGGCAAUGGCGGGGAUUCCAGCAUCGUGCGAAGCGUAGCAGGCCGCGCCGACGGUGCCAGAGAAGGGAACCGACAGGAACAGGUUGGUGCCGACAUUGGGGCCAGUCACAGCUAGCUCGGGCGCAGCGCCGUUCCAGAGCUUCGGGGCAAACAUGUUGAUACCGUAGCGGAUCGAGGUGACCGGGUACGAGUUGACCCAGUUGAGGUCCUCGCGGGUGCUGUUGUGGCCGUAAGGAGGGGAGUUGGCAGGGCAGCUGUUGUACUCGCAUGGCUUGUCGCGGUUCUCAGGCUGCUCGUCUCUAGAAGCUAAAUUUGGGGAAUUGUUUAGUAUACCGAGUAUGGCACGGGGAUGGUGGACGCCACAUACAGCUACCGGACUUGUCUUCCGCAGGACCGGACAGGAGGACCUGGUGGCCGCCGGCGAUAAGGGCAUCGUUGAGAGCGCGGAUGUUUAGCUCGGCCCAGCCGUCAUCGUUGGACUGGACGAUGCGGACGGCCUGGACGGCGAGGGCGUUGACGAGGACGGUGGAGGCGGCGAUCUUCAUGGUUGCUGUUGAUAUUGCUUAACAAAAGACGGAUGUCUGAAUGGAAGAGACAGGUGGUAGCGGCAGCGGUGGCCUCUUUUUAAAUGCCAAAAAUUAUUAGAGUGCCGAGAUAAAAUGACAAACAGAGUAAGCACUUAGUCGAAUUUAGCUCGGCGGGCAUUGAGAUGGGAUCGCCGCACGCAUGAAGGAAGAGGAAAUAGGCCCGAGUUGGAUAAAGUCGCGAGUCUUAGGUGAGACGCUGGCCAAUGGGUGCGGGCAUGUGCUUUUGGGUGCGGCAAUGGUUAGAGC